AUGGCAAGCACUGAAGCCUGGGUUGGGACCUGGAGGCCCCACAAGCCAAGAGGGCCCAUAGCUGCCCUCUAUGGCAGCCCAGGGCCCAAGUAUGCACUGCCUGGACUCACAGGUAUUACUCACCAUGACCCUACUAAAUACAAAGCACCAAUGUUCAGCUUUGGAACUCGUCAUGAUGAGGCCAAUUUUACCUCCUCGCCUGGACCAAGAUACCUCGUCCCAUCCAAUAUCACCAGAGCGGGCCGAGAUGGCACCCCUGCAUUUUCACUCCACAGCCGUCCAAAGGAUCCCAGAGUGUUCCAGGUUCCUGGACCAGGCCACUACUCCCCAGAGCGUUCAGGAAAGUCAGUUUUGCGCUCUUCUCCUGCUUAUUCUCUAGCUGCGAGGAGCAAAGACAGCGCUAAUAGCCAAGUGCCAGGUCCAGCGUCCUACAGUCUGCCACCUAUGCUGGGACCCAAAACUGUGGUCACACCUGCAGCACCCACUUACUCUCUCUGUGGCCGCAGCAAAACUGGGAGCUUCGCAGAGGACUUGAAGAAGACUCCAGGCCCUGCAGCCUACAGAGUUGUGGACCCUUGUAUUUACAGGUCAAAACCUCCCCAGUUCAGCAUGACGGGCCGCAACUUCACGCCUGGUGAAACCACAAGGAAACCGGGACCUGGAGCACACUUCCCUGAGCGGGUGACCUUCACAAGAACAAAAGCUCCAAGCUUCUCUUUUGGAUUGCGUCACUCUGAAUACACUGUACCCCUCAUUUCAGAUAUGGGGGAUUAA